AUGAAAGAGGAAUGGGUCAAGUACGGCACGAAGCUGAAGCUGCGUGAGAUCAAGGAGCUUCUUGAUCAUCUGCCGCGCUCGUCGUCCGUCGCAAUUAUCUCGGUGGACCAGUUGCAAAAGGAACUGUUUACUGACAGCGGAGCUGGUACGCUGGUUCGUCGAGGUUAUAAGCUGUUCCGAUCGUCGUCGAUCCAGGAUAUUGGUGCUGAGCGUCUUCGCGCCAUGCUUCGUGAGCACGACGACGAUGUACGUGAGAACCGCAAGAGUGCGUCACAGAUCUUUUCGGAACUCUCACAGACACCCUACACGGUGUACGGUGAUGAAGGAUUGGGCUGCGUCGCUUUUGUGUCGCAUCCACCUGACGAAGUGCCUGUGUUGACGCGUCUGGUCAUGACACGAGAUGCCGCAAUGAAUCACGUUAUUGAUAAUAUCUGGGGCAUGAUUCGGAAAGACUAUCGACGUCUAGUGUGGACGUCGCGUGCCGACGACGAAAACCGGGCUUGGCACUUUGAACAUGCAGAUGGCAGUUUCACGCGCAACCGGCGCAGCCUCUAUUACUAUGGUAUCCAGGAUGUUGGCGAAGUCGAGCGCACGAUGCGCCAGCUUGAGGAGAAAGGGCGCAUUGAGCGUGCGUAUCUGCCUCUGAACAUGCGUCGUGUUCCCAGCGGAACGGCGCGUGGUUUCUGUACAUAUACGCAUGCCUCAACUAAGCUUCCUCAACAGGGGCGAGAGUCGUACACGCUCGGGCGUCGGACAUACGCCACAACCGCGGAGCCAAAGCGAGUGGCGUUGAUUGGUGCCCGUGGCUACACCGGACGGUCAUUGGUUCAGCUCAUCAAUGCGCACCCGAACCUGGCACUUUCGCAUGUAAGCUCACGUGAGCUUGCUGGUCUUCCUCUAGAUGGAUACACCAAGGAGCAAGUGUACUACGCGAAUAUUGGCCCAGAGGACCUGAAGAAGUUGGAAAGUGGUCGGAGUAGUGUCGCCCCGCCCGAUGCUUACAUUAUGGCUUUGCCGAAUGGGGUGUGUCGCCCAUUUGUGGAUGCAGUGCGGGAGGGCGGAAAAGGAAAAGCACAGGGACACGGUGUUAUUGUGGACCUUAGUGCUGAUCACCGCUUCGACGACGCAUGGACGUAUGGUCUUCCUGGUGCGUUUGCGACGGCGUCUCAACUGUACUCACGGGAAGCCAUUCAGCAAUCGAAGUUGAUUUCGAAUCCAGGCUGUUAUGCGACCAAUACGCAAAUGCUUCUUGCGCCUCUGCUUCCAUACCUGGACGCAACACGCCCUCCUACGGUGAUGGGUGUGUCAGGCUACAGUGGCGCUGGCACGAAGUCGAGUGGUAAGCCAAGCACGCCCGGAGAGCGUCCUGUCACGCUGCCCAAACUUGAUCCCGAGACACUGCAUGGGGCAGUUCGGCCUUAUGCGCUUACAGAUCACAUCCACGAACGUGAAGCUCGGUACCAUCUGACGAAGCUGGCGAAUGGAACACCUGUGAACGUGGCAUUUACUCCGAUCGUCGCUCCUUGGUUCCAAGGUAUCAUAUCGACAGCAAGUGUCCCACUAAGCACAAAACUCACAGCACGCGAGAUCAAGCAACUCUUCGAAGAAAAGUACCAGGGCGAGAAGCUAGUAGAAAUUCUUCCUCAUGUGCCGGAGAUUACGGACAUUGCAUUGAAACACGGAUUCAAAGCCGGAGGAUUCCAGGUGCAUUCUAGCGGCGAGCGCGUCGUUAUCGUGGGUGUGAUUGACAAUCUGCUGAAAGGUGCAGCUACACAAUGUAUGCAAAACCUGAACUUGGCUCUCGGCCUUGACGAAUUUGCAGGGAUCCCAAUGGAUUAG